GGAAGAUUCAGUUCAGCCCUGUUUCUCCAGCCCUCAGACUGUGUCAUGACAGGCAGUGUUAAAAAGCUCACGAGGAAAUUAAUAAUUCUGCCUGUGAGGCAGGCAUGAGCGGCAUGCAGGAAAUGAGGCGUGAGGCCACACGCUGAAUGAUGAGUGGAGAGCAGGGCAGUGAAUACCUGCUGGCUUUGGGGAGCAUCAUCCACUGCAUGCUCUGGUGAAGCCAGAGUCCUUGCCUUGGACACUGAGCCUGGAAGCAAAACUACACUGCAGAGCAUUUACAAAAAAGGGACAAAUUAAAGAUGCUGUACUGGGCCUGAAUUUGGCAUUUCCUGACUGGUGCUGGACAUGGACACAGAGGAUGACCCAUUGUUACAGGACGCCUGGCUAGAGGAGGAAGAUGAAGAGGUGACCUUCAGCUCCCGGAAGAGGCGCGAGGGUGCUCUGCUGUGUGGGAAGAGCCCGUGCAGAGUCAGGCCCCUGUGUGUCACACUGCCUAUGUCUGGCUUCUGGAAUAUUGUUGGCUGGGUGUUCACCAACCCAUACUGUGCUGGCUUCAUCCUUUUCCUGGGCUGUGCCAUCCCUGCCGUGCUUGCUGUCAUCAUGUUCCUCCACUACCCCACCCUGGACAUCGACAUCUCCUACAACGCUUUCGAGAUCCGCAACCACGAGUCCUCGCAGCGCUUCGACGCCCUCACCUUGGCCCUCAAAUCCCAGUUUGGCUCCUGGGGAAGGAACCGCCGGGACCUGGCUGACUUUACCUCAGAGACCCUGCAGAGGCUCAUCUUCGAGCAGCUCCAGCAGCUCCACCUCAACGCAUCCCACCUUGGUGUCAGCCCACGGGUGAGGCGCAGCCCCGUGGAGGGCAGGGGCAGCUCCCUACAGCCCCAGCCCCAUCCAAGCACAGCAAACCAGAGCUCCAGAGUGGGCAGGGGAGCCCCACGCUGGGACUACUCCAGCAGCUACAUCAGUGCUAACACACAGACUCAUGCUCACUGGCGCAUUGAGCUCAUUUUCCUGGCUCGGGGUGACGCUGAGAACAACAUCUUCACCACAGAGCGCCUGGUCACCAUCCACGAGGUGGAGCGCAAGAUCAUGGACCACCCUCGCUUCCGUGAAUUCUGCUGGAAGCCCCAUGAGGUCCUGAAGGACCUGCCCCUGGGGUCUUACUCCUACUGCUCCCCUCCCAGCUCCCUCAUGACCUACUUCUUCCCCACGGAGAGAGGAGGGAAGAUUUACUAUGAUGGCAUGGGGCAAGACCUUGCUGACAUCCAAGGAUCCCUGGAGCUGGCCAUGACCCACCCCGAGUUCUACUGGUAUGUGGAUGAGGGCUUGUCUGCUGAGAACAAGAAGAGCUCCCUGCUGAGGAGCGAGAUCCUCUUUGGGGCCCCACUGCCCAACUACUACUCGGUGGAGGAUCGCUGGGAGGAGCAGCGCCGCAAGUUCCAGAACUUUGUCAUCACCUACGUGGCCAUGCUGGCCAAGCAGUCCACGAGCAAAGUCCAGGUGCUGUAUGGAGGGACAGAUUUGUUUGACUAUGAAGUGAGGAGGACUUUCAACAAUGACAUGUUGCUGGCCUUCAUCAGCAGUAGCUGCAUAGCUGUCUUGGUCUACAUCCUCACCUCCUGCUCAGUGUUUCUGUCAUUCUUUGGCAUUGCCAGCAUUGGGCUGAGCUGCCUGGUGGCUCUGUUCCUGUACCACGUCGUGUUUGGGAUCCAGUAUCUGGGUAUCCUCAAUGGUGUGGCUGCCUUUGUCAUCGUGGGGAUUGGAGUUGAUGAUGUCUUUGUUUUCAUCAACACCUACCGCCAAGCCACGCACCUCAAGGACCUGCGGCUGCGCAUGAUCCACACUGUGCAGACAGCAGGGAAAGCCACCUUCUUCACCUCCCUGACCACAGCUGCUGCAUAUGCUGCCAACAUCUUCUCUCAGAUCCCAGCUGUGCAUGACUUUGGACUCUUCAUGUCCCUGAUUGUGUCCUGCUGCUGGGUAGCUGUGCUCUUCACCAUGCCAGCUGCUCUUGGAAUAUGGACCCUCUAUGUGUCCCCAUUAGAGAGCUCCUGCCAAGCCAGCUGCAGUCAGAAGUGCACCAAAAAGAGUGCCUUGCACCUGGCUGAAGAUCUCUUCAUUGCCCCAGCAGCCCCCUCCAGAGCAGGCAGAGAGACCCUUCCCUACCUGGAUGAUGACAUCCCACUGCUCAGCGUGGAGGAGGAGCCUGUCUCCCUGGAAAUGGGGGAUGUCCCCUUGGUGUCUGUGAUGCCAGAAAAUCUGCAGCUCUCUGCAGAGAAGAGCAGCCAGGGUCACUUGAUAACUCAUCUGCAGGAGCUGCUGGAGCACUGGGUGCUGUGGUCUGCAGUGAAGAGCAGAUGGGUGAUUGUGGGGCUCUUUCUCCUGGUUUUGCUGCUGUCCAUAUUCUUUGCCAGCCGCCUCCAGCCAGCCAGCCGUGCUCCAGUCCUGUUCCGGCCAGACACCAACAUCCAGGUGCUGCUGGAUCUGAAAUACAACCUGAGUGCUGAGGGGAUCUCCUGCAUCACCUGCUCAGGUUUGUUUCAGGAAAAGCCCCACAGUUUGCAGAACAACAUCCGAACUUCCUUGGAAAAAAAGAAGAGGGGCUCAGGUUCACCUUGGGGAAGCAAAGGCAGCAUGAGUGAUGCAGGGCAGCAAGAGCUCCAGGGGACUGUGUAUAUCUCCAAGUCCAGGAGCAAGGGAAGACCAGCUAUCUACAGAUUCUCACUCAACGCCAGUGUCCCUGCGCCCUGGCAGAUGGUGUCACCAGGAGAUGGGGAGGUGCCUUCAUUCCAGGUGUAUAGAGUGCCUUUCGGUAACUUCACCAGGAAGCUGACAGCUUGUGUGUCCACAGUAGGGCUGCUUAAGCAGAUGAGCCCCAGGAAGUGGAUGAUGACCACCUUGUCCUGUGACACCAAGAGGGGCUGGAAGUUCGAUUUCAGUUUCUACGUGGCCUCCAAGGAGCAGCAGCGCACACGGAAACUGUAUUUUGCCCAGUCCCACAAGCCCCCUUACCACGGCCGAGUGUGUGUGGCACCCCCAGGCUGUCUGCUCAGCUCCAGCCCAGAUGGACCCACCAAAGGCAUCCUCUAUGUCCCCAGUGAAAAAGCACCCAAAGCAAAGCUGUCAGCCACAUCUGGAUUUAACCCCUGCAUGAACACAGGCUGUGGAAAGCCAGCAGUGAGGCCGCUGGUGGACACUGGAGCCAUGGUGUUUGUGGUGUUUGGGAUCAGAGGCGUGAACCGCACCAGGCGCCAGGACAACCACGUUCUUGGAGACAUGGGCAGUGUUAUCUACGAUGACAGCUUUGACCUCUUCAAAGAGAUUGGCAACCUGUGCCGCCUCUGCAAAGCCAUUGCCAGCAACUCUGAGCUGGUGAAGCCCGGAGGGGCUCAGUGCCUGCCCUCGGGUUACAGCAUCUCCUCCUUUCUGCAGAUGUUGCACCCGGAGUGCAAGAAUAUCCCUGAGCCCAACCUGCUGCCAGGGCAGCUCUCUCAUGGGGCAGUGGGGGUGAAGGAUGGCAAGGUGCAGUGGAUCUCCAUGGCCUUUGAGUCGACAACCUACAAGGGGAAAUCAUCCUUCCAGACAUAUGCUGACUAUCUGAAGUGGGAGACAUUCUUGCAGCAGCAGCUCCAGCUCUUCCCAGAGGGCUCUGCUCUCCGGCACGGAUUCCAGACCUGUGAGCACUGGAAGCAGAUUUUCAUGGAGAUUAUAGGGGGUUGUGUGCCUGGUAGUGACCAUCAUGUACUGGUGUGGCUGGGAGAUGGGAGCUGUGGAAGCCAUCUCCCUCUCCAUCCUGGUGGGCUCCUCUGUUGAUUACUGCGUGCACCUGGUGGAGGGAUACCUGCUGGCAGGGGAGAACCUGCCUCUCCAGCAGGCUGAGGACCCCACAGCGUGCCGGCAGUGGAGGACAAUGGAAGCCGUGCGCCACGUUGGGGUGGCCAUCGUCUCCAGCGCCACCACCACGCUGAUUGCCACCGUCCCGCUGUUCUUCUGCAUCAUUGCCCCCUUUGCCAAGUUUGGGAAGAUCGUGGCCCUCAACACGGCAGUGUCCAUCCUGUACACGCUGACUGUGAGCACGGCCCUGCUGAGCACCAUGGCGCCCGGCACCUUCACGCGCAGCAGCACCUCCUGCCUCAAGGCUCUGCUGGCCGUGCUCCUGGCUGGCCUGCUGGCUCUCUGCAUCUGCCUUGCCCUGCUCAAGAGUGGGUUUAAGAUCCCCCUCCCCAACGGGACAGCCCUCUAGACCUGAUGGGACAGCCCUGUGUGACCCAAUGGGACGGCCCUCUAGACGCCAGGCCGAGAGAGCCGCGUCGCUCUUUUCGUUUUUUCUUUUCUUUUUAAAGAAUAUUUUUUGUAAGGAAAACAAAGAGGAAAAAAAAAAAGAGUCCCUUUUUUCAUGAAGUUUUUCAAUUGCAGAUGCACUUUAUUUUCUAAUGAGUUUUGCUCGAAACUUGUAUUUAUUUUAGGUAGUGAUGGAUGGGUAGUGAUGGAUGGAAAGUGAGGGCUGCCCAGGGAAUGCCUCAGCCCAUGAAUAGGAGAGGAGGAGCUUUCCUUCUCUCAGUUUUUUUUCUGCUUUCUUUUUUUCUUUUCUUUUAAUUUAUUUUUAUCAAACAGGGCUUUCUGGACCCACAAGGCUAAAAUGGGGGAAUUUGGGAAGGUCAUCUGAUCCUUUCAAAAACCCUUCCCUCUGUCCUUCCCCUCCCUUGUCCAGGGUCAGAACUGUAAGGAUGACUCUUGGGUGAUGUCCUGCUCCCACACCAAGCCUGUGCCUCCUUACUUGAGCCUCCAAGAGCAGCAGUGAGCUGUUGGACAGGCCUGGGGACAGCAUUAUCUGGAUACUUUGCCAGGCCCUGUACCCAUGCCAGACCAGCAGUGAACUUGCUGCACUUUUGAGUGUCACUUUGGGAUCCAAACCAGAGCUGUUGGGUGGCACCACCUGCAGUGGCCCUGCUGUCAUGGUUCAGAGAGGGUGCUGGGACACAAAGCAUUCCCCUUCCUUCUGGGGGAAUUUGGGAUCUCAUGUGUCUGCCAGCAGCCACCAGGAAGCAGAUGGUGCCCUCAGCAGCCUGCCCUCCUCUCCCUCGUCCCACUAGUGAGGUCAAGGCAGUUUCAAUGCCCAGUUUCCCCAUGUUGCCUCUCCUGGUGGAGAGAAAAGAGAGCCCAGGCGUCCCUGCAAAGCUCUUUGAUCACAGCUCUUGGCUGAGGACAAGGCAGAGCCCAUUCCUGGUGGUGUGCACUGCAUCCUCUGUGGCAGCUCACAGAAACCCUCCUCAGUGGAGACCCACGGGCACCAGAGCUGCAGCUGCUGUCUGCUCUGAGCAGAUGGUUGGUAUUAAACUAAAAUGAAAUCACAAACUGCUGCCAUUAACAAGUGCAUUUUAAGCAUCACUGCUUCUCUCGUAUUUUUAAAAUUGAAAUAGCUAAGUGUGCAUUAAUGCACAGCACAUCUGAUCCUUGGCAGGAGGGGAGGGUCAGGCCCACUGGGAGAUGCAUUAGCCAUUACUUACAAGGGUGCCUGCAGAAUAAUGUGGUCAGGAAGCAGCCUAACUCAAUUUCUUUGCAGAUUUCAUGUCUGGUGGCUUUGUGUUCUCUUUUUAAGAUGAAACUUCCAGGAAGUCCAACCCCAUUGCCAGCCAGUUUGUGGGGCCUGCACUGCUGAGAGACUGAACUGCUUCUCCGUGGCUCAGGGCAUCCCUGCUUUGAUCCCUGCCAGUCUUACACAUUGUCAUCCCUGUGAAACUGGGUCAAAUACUUGUUUCUAAAGUAGGUUCCCCAAGCUGAAGAGAGGAGUUCUUAUUGUUUCCAGGCAGACUCCAGAGUAAUCCUGCUACAGGCAGUGAGGGUAGUGAGAAUGUGAGUAGAGCAGAAUGUGAGUGGCCUGGUUUCUCCUUGCUAUCCCAUGGAGCUUCUGAGUUAUCCCUUUCUGCAAAGUGUGAAAUGUUUUCUUGGCACCUACCUCUAAUCUGCACCAGCUCCUUCAUAAUGAACCCUGUGCCCAUGAGGGAAUGGUUCUGUAUUGUAUUACCCCGACAAAGGCAGGAAUGAUGAACCUGACUCCAUCUUCUCAGAAGGCUAACUUAUUAUUUUAUGAUACUAUAUUAUAUUAAAGAAUACUAAACUAAACUAUACUAAAGAAUAC